AUGCGGUACAUUUACUCCGAGGAACGGCUGCCCAUCCCCGAGAAUGUGAAGGUUCACAUUCGCUCGCGCAUUGUGACCGUUGAGGGACCCCGAGGCAAGCUCGUCAAGGACCUCUCCCACAUCGCUGUUACCUUCGGCCGCCCCGAGAAGAAUGUCAUCUCCAUUGAGAUGCACCACGGUGUCCGCAAGGGAAUCGCUUCCCUUCGUACCGUCCGUACCCUCAUCAACAACCUGAUCAUCGGUGUCACCAAGGGCUUCAAGUACAAGAUGCGCUACGUCUACGCUCACUUUCCCAUCAACGUGAACAUUGAGAAGAACUCCGAGACCGGCCUUUACGACGUUGAGAUCAGAAACUUCUUGGGUGAGAAGUACGUCCGCCGUGUGACCGCCCAGCCUGGCGUUGAGGUCAUCACCUCCCCCAACGUCAAGGAUGAGCUCCAGCUCUCCGGUAACUCCCUGGAGGGUGUCUCCCAGAGUGCUGCCGACAUCCAGCAGAUCUGCAGAGUCCGCAACAAGGAUAUCCGUAAGUUCCUUGACGGUCUGUACGUGUCGGAGCGGGGUAACAUUGUCGAGGAGUAA